AUCCAACGAAGAAGACGAAGAGGCGUCAACUUCCGGCUUUCAAAAGUUUGAUAGCAACGAACAACGGCUACGACACGGGUGUUGCUGAAAUGGCAUCGCCUACAAAACGUGCGACACCUCACAGAGCCAACCAGCGUACCCCUGGUCGAGAACCUGACUCCCCACUUCCCCCCAUCCAUGAGCGGCUAGCGUACCUGCGGCCCUCCAGGGAGCUGCUUGAGUUCUACAGAGAGAAGAUUGCCCAGUUUGACGGGGAACACGAGGACUUACUACAGAUGCUGGACAAGUACAAAGGCAUCACAGAAGAUCAACAUAAAUUGCACUCGGAAGUACGGCAGCGUGAGGGAGAGAUUGCAGAGCUGCAAAACGCUCUGAGUGACAUGCAGGUGUACCUUUUCCAGGAGAGAGAACAGUCUCUACGGCUUUACGCAGAAAAUGACAGACUAAAGAUCAGAGAGUUGGAGGACAGAAAAAAAAUCCAGCACCUGCUUGCCUUGGUGGGUCCUGAUACAGGGGAGAUCACAUAUUUCCACCAAGAGCCUCCUCACAAGGUCACUAUCAAACAGAAGAUCACUGAGACCAGAUUUGAGGAAAAUCUCAACCUAAGGCCAACACAGUUGAGACCUGCUGUUAACAGGAAAGUUUCAGGAGAGAGUAGCAGGAGAACCAAGUCAGCAGACGGGUUAGUUCGAGAGAGCCUGGAACAAUACAAGAAGGACAACCAGACGUUGUUGCUUCAGGUGGAGGCUCUGCAGGCUCAGAUGGAGGAACAAACGCGUCUGGCCAAAGAGCAGGUGGAGUCCCUGCGGGAGGAUCGACGGAUUCAAGCAGAGGAAGCGCAGGCCCGAUGGCAGAGGGAUCAGGAACGAAUCCCGGCUCUUAAUGACAAGCUCCAGCGAACCCAGAACCUCUUGUAUGAGAGCACCAGAGAUUUCCUACAGCUAAAGUUUGAGUCGCGGGCUCAUGAGAAGGGCUGGAUGGUGGAGAAGGACCAGCUGCUGAGGGAGCUGGACUCCUGCCACAACCGCCUGAGGAAGGCUGGAUCUACCGGUGCAGAGCUGGGCCGAACGUGGCAGCCCAGCAGCAGCACGGCCCUGCUCCUCCCGAGGCCUCAGCCACAGUUCCAGCAGACGCACAAGGAGGAGCUUAAAGCAAUGCAGGAGGAUCUGAAGCAAGCCCACCGACUGGCAGAGAUGUACCGGGAGCAGUGCGUUACAUUGGAGACAGAACUGUCCCAAAUCAGAGAGGAGGGGGAUGUAGGCAGGGAAAUAUUCAAGGAGCGUUCAGACAAAAUGGCCAAGCGUCUUCAGCUGAUGACACAGCGCUAUGAGGCGCUGGAGAAGAGGAGGGCUAUGGAGGUCGAGGGCUUCAAGACAGAUCUGAAGCACCUCAGACAAAAAUUCAAAGAUGUAGAAAAACAACUCCUCAAGGUUACUCUUAAUAUCGGACCCAACCAGGACUUAGCCAUUCUGCAUGAGGUACGCCAGACCAGUGGCCGCACUAAGAAGGUUCAGGGCGAGUUGAUCACGCUGAAAGCAAAGAUCUAUGGACUGGAAAACCAACUGAGGUUUAGCUGAGCAUUGGACUGUGGUGUCGACUGUCUGCCUAUCGAGGACAGUCCAUGUGAGGUUUGUGCCACUGUGAACAUUACUGAAACUGAAUGUUAUUUCUAUUUUGUACUUCGGACUAAUAAAGAUGUUUUGCUGCAAUAAUUUUGAAUGAAUGAACAAAGAUAUUUAUAUAAUGAAUUCUGAGAAUAGGCAAUGGCUUCUUCACAGCAAACAUCUGGAAUUGUCAUGACUAACGAUCAAUGUCCCACGAUAAGCCAUGCAGUUUGAUGUGCACUGAAUAAAAACAGUUAAACUGAAGCAUCUACAUGCUAAACUCAGACAUACAUUUUAUUUCAUAAGCAUGUCGAAUUAGUUUCUUAUUUUGUUAAUUCCAACUUUUGAUUAAAACAAUGUUAGCUGUACAACUGGCACCACAUUGAUCAGUGCUAACUGUCUGGAUUUGUUUUCCUCAUGAAUCAAAGUGUGUUGUCUUAUUUAUUUUGAGUGUGUUUUAUUCUGAGAAAAGAUAUGAACUAAAUAUAUUUGUUGUUGACCGUAACCCAGGCCAGAUGGAUAAUAAAGACUUAGCUCAGACAGAAAUAAGCUAAAUGGGUUCAUUUCUACAGUAAUCUAUUAUGGUUAUUAUAUAGUGAAAUCUAUGCUUGCAUUUGUUUAUUAUUUACAGAAUAGUACACAGAUAUUGUAUUCAACACAAACCAAGAAGUAACAGCC